AUGGAGGCGGUUGACCAUCCUCGAGAGGAUGCGUCACAGGCACUCGUCCCCUCUCUCUGGACGAGAUCCCUCCUGGCCGGAGCAGUCGCCGGUCUCACUGUUGACGUUUCCCUCUUCCCUCUAGAUACUAUCAAAACCAGACUCCAGCAAGCUCGAAGGCGCCAGGGUAAUACUAAUUCAGUCCCAUCGACAAAAUCUGGCCUUCCACUGCUUCGCCACUCAAUUCGAGGUAUAUAUGCUGGAUUGCCGUCUGUCCUCCUUGGCUCCGCCCCAUCCGCCGCAAGCUUUUUUGUGGUUUACGAUGGAGUGAAACGACUUCUCCUCCCUUCACAUCAAUCUACCGAAAAUACACCACCGUCAUGGCAACGCGCAGUUCUUACGCAUUCACUUGCAUCAUCCCUGGGAGAGGUGGCUGCUUGUGCGGUUAGAGUUCCCACCGAAGUGAUCAAGCAACGAGCUCAGGCUGGUUUAUUUGGAGGAUCCACGUUACUAGCUCUGAAAGAUAUCCUCUCUCUACGUCACGCCAACUUGCCAGGCGGAGGAAGGGGCAGCUGGACAUUGGUUCUCCGCGAGUUAUACAGAGGGACGGCAAUUACCAUCUCACGCGAAAUUCCAUUCACGAUCCUACAGUUUACAAUGUGGGAAAGGAUGAAAGAGACGUAUGCUUUAUGGAGGCGUCAAUCCAACCCCUCAGCUCCCGUUUCCGCGACUUCGAGUGCGUUCUUUGGUAGCAUUGCCGGCGCGAUAUCCGCUGGGUUGACCACACCGCUUGAUGUAGUGAAAACAAGAGUCAUGUUGGCCAGAAGAGGUGGAGACAGCGAUGGCGGAGGCAAGAUUCGGGUGAGAGAUGUUGUGCGAGGUAUUUGGAGGGACGAAGGGUUCGGCGCGUUUUGGAGGGGAAUUGGACCCCGAGUCGCCUGGAUUGGAAUCGGAGGUGCAGUAUUCCUCGGGAGUUAUCAGCGAGCAUGGAACUUGCUUGAAGGUAGCAAACUCCAAAAAGAAUGCGCUGAAGCGGACUUGUGA